AUAGUGAUGAAUCUCGACAAUAUACUGGUGAAAGCGCCUUCCGAGAGAUAGAUUACGAGUGCCAAUCUUUCUGUUCGCAAUGGCCAUGAACUUCAACUAUCCGAAAAUGCGUCUGCCAUCUGUCAGGAUUGCACAUUACAUGUAUUCCGGCAAGCUUCCCAACAUACAUGUAAAUACUUCGGCCGGCCGAUGCUGGAAUGUCGCUCGGGUUUCUACAUCCAGCCGCACAACAUCGGUUGCUGCUGCAAUCCCUCCCAUUAUUCCUCAUUUGACAGCACCUGAUAUUAAGCAUGCAACACAGCCAUGCCAUGUUCGCAAUGUGCACGAGCACCUCCAGAAACACGGCAUACUCAAGAUUGGCCUGGGCUUCCCAGACCCCGACAGCCAUUACCUCAAGGGACUCGUCCUGGGCCUUCAUCAGCAUCACGGCCAUCAACUUCCCAUAUCGCACAGCGCGUCGCGCGGGUGGUUCUGGGACGUCCGGCCGAAUAAUACCAUCUUCCAGACCGCGAACCAUCAAGCCCGGUCGGAAACGAUGCAAGAAUUCCCGUGGCACACCGACUGCAGCUACGAAGACUUGCCGCCACGAUAUUUCGCACUCCACGUUCUCCAGGAAGAUCGAUUUGGUGGAGGGACCCUGUCGGCCAUGAACACUCAGCGGCUGGGCUUGUCUCUCUCCCCAUCUACCCGAGCGUCUCUGAUGCGACGAGAGUACAGCAUCACGAUUCCUCCAGAGUUCAUCAAAGAUCCCCGGAAACGGAGCAUUGUAGGGAGCCUGAUGUCGGCCGACGAACAAGGCCAGCCUAGCAUGCUGCGCUUCAGGAGAGAUCUCGUAACAGCACUGACGGAACGGGCAUCAAGAGCACUGCACGAGCUUGACGCAGCCGUACAGGACGCCAAGGCUCAGUCACAGUCAACGGUGCAUCUCACCGCCAAGGACUUUCCGGCAGGGACUAUAAUACUGAUGGAUAAUCGCCGCUGGCUGCACGCACGACAUAGCAUCAAGGAUCCAAAGCGUCACUUGCGUCGGGUGCGUUGGGAUGCCGUUCCAUUCGAUGCUCGUCCGAUGGAACAGUAAUUGGAAGUAAAGAGCUGGAAUGGAAGAGCAUGCUCAAGUAACAAAUACCAACAUUGCAACUUGUUCAAGUCUUUAAUUUUUGUCUUAUUUUGUUUUAGUUAGUUAUACGCUUAGCUUAGAAUUGUUUUAUCCUUUCUUACCAGCAAUGUGUGAGAAUGGUUCAAGUUUGGGAUCAACGAGCUAAUAGUAAUAACAAUGUAUCAUACAUAGUACAUGUACUUAAGCUAUCUCUCUCCUUAAAGACUGAUGAGCUCCUAUGCAUCGUUCAUCCAGGACUGGACAUAUAAUGGUAAUCCAAGCCUACUUCUAAAAAAAGCAUCCACUGCGUAACUUGAUGUUAUAUCUCAACGCCAUAGCAUAUACUCGAUGCAUCAUAACGACCUGUUUAAAUCCAUAUCCAAUCAUUCACUCUUCACGGGUAUUGCUUCUUUCAGUCCGACUCCCGCUAAGAAAGCCACCCUGACGGCUGCUUGUCCCCAAAGAC